CAUUUAGCACUACUGUCAACGGAAACUGGUUUUCCGACAAUAGUUCAUGGAAAUUAGUGGCUAUAUAAAAUAACAAUACCCAUCAAGUGCACGUUUUAGUAUCUUUCAUUCGGUUGCACAGACAAAGAAAUAUACAUAAUGAAAUCUUUUAUGAUUUUAUGUCUCCUCCUCGUUUGCUGUUUAUAUUUGGCUAUUGCAGCUCCCGCGCCAGCUGAAAACAGUAACUCGGUGCAAUUCAUUAAGUACAACAGUGAGAAGGAUCUCGAAGAAAUUCAAAGACAAAUUAUUGCUCAAUAUGAUCAUUUAGGCGGUACUUCUCAGUUCCACCAAGUGCAGAGUGCAUCUAUUGUCGAUCCUUAUAACAUCAAAAUUAGUCUGUGAUUUGCUGCAUGAACUGUAUUUCGUUGUUGAGUGUUUCUUAAUUUAA